UGGAUCCGCGCGCUCCCGCCGCCCCAUUCCAGCACAGCGCCGGGAUCCCCGCGGCACCCGCGCCCUACCGCCCUCCCUCCCGCACACCCUCCUUCCCUCCCUCCCACCCCGGCAACGCCGACGCUCCCCAACCCAAAAAGGGGAAAAGCAGAUCGACCCAGUAGCCCCACCACCGUUCAUAAAUACUAAUUUUCAAAUCGAAAGGGGAAUAAAACAUACCGACAACAGAACUGCUCUCAGCGCUGUUCCCUUUUGCCUGAUGCUCCUCGCAUAGUUGGGUUUUCUUUUCUUAUCUUUUCCUUUUUUCUCCCCUUUCUUUCCAUUUCUUUUCUUCUUCUCCUUUUUUUUUUUUUUUUUUCUUCCCCUGCAAUCACCAAAACCGAGUCGGGGGAACGACUGAGUCUGAUGCCUUAUCUCUUUUGUGCUGGCUGCUGGAGAUGAGCCUAGGCUUGACCUGACCAUGAUUCCAAGGACUGGCACUUCUCUUUUACCCCCACUUUGUAGAGAUCCAGACCUUCUCUUCCCGAUUGUCAAGAAAAUUAAAUUAUUGCUGAAUUUGGAAAUCUAGGCAGCAGCAGCAGCUUACUUUUUUUCCCUGCAUCUCUCUGGAAUCGUUUCUGGGAUAUUUUCCAAAUCAUCACAGAAAGCAGAAGGAAUGAACCGGCAGCUAGUGAAAAUUUUGACAACCUUGUUUGCAUUUUUCUUAGAGACAAACAACUUCAGGACGACUUUCUGUAAAGAACAUGAUUCAAGAUCUGGAAAAUCCCCCUCACAGACCCUGUCUCCUUCAGAUUUUUUGGACAAAUUGAUGGGAAGGACGUCAGGCUAUGAUGCUAGAAUCAGACCAAAUUUUAAAGGUCCUCCUGUAAAUGUUACCUGCAACAUAUUUAUCAACAGCUUUGGUUCAAUAGCAGAAACUACAAUGGACUACAGAGUGAACAUUUUUUUGAGACAGCAGUGGAAUGACUCACGUCUGGCUUACAGCGAAUAUCCUGAUGAUUCCCUGGAUUUGGAUCCCUCUAUGUUGGACUCGAUUUGGAAGCCAGAUUUAUUCUUUGCCAAUGAGAAGGGAGCAAAUUUCCAUGAUGUCACAACAGACAACAAGUUGCUGAGGAUUUCUAAAACUGGAAAAGUGUUGUACAGUAUCAGGCUUACUUUAACCUUAUCCUGUCCCAUGGACCUGAAGAAUUUUCCUAUGGAUGUGCAGACAUGUACAAUGCAGCUAGAGAGCUUUGGAUAUACUAUGAAUGAUUUGAUAUUUGAGUGGUUAAGUGAUGGACCUGUGCAAGUAGCAGAGGGUUUAACCUUGCCACAGUUUAUUUUGAAAGAAGAUAAAGAACUUGGUUAUUGCACAAAGCAUUACAACACUGGAAAGUUUACAUGCAUUGAAGUCAAGUUUCAUUUGGAGCGUCAGAUGGGAUACUAUUUAAUCCAGAUGUACAUUCCUAGCCUGCUGAUUGUCAUUUUAUCCUGGGUUUCUUUCUGGAUCAACAUGGAUGCUGCUCCAGCCAGAGUUGCACUGGGUAUCACUACAGUUUUGACAAUGACCACACAAAGCUCAGGAUCAAGAGCUUCCCUCCCAAAAGUCUCUUACGUAAAAGCUAUUGACAUUUGGAUGGCUGUGUGUCUUCUCUUUGUCUUUGCUGCUUUGCUGGAAUAUGCAGCAGUCAACUUUGUUUCACGGCAGCACAAAGAGUUUCUGAGGCUUCGAAGAAGGCAAAGGAGACAAAAUAAGGAAGAUGAAGUUGCUCGUGACAGUCGAUUCAAUUUCAGUGGCUAUGGCAUGGGUCACUGCCUCCAAGUCAAGGAUGGCACAGCAGUCAAGGCUACUCCACCCAACCCACCUCCAGCACCACCAAAGGAUUCAGAUUCGAUCAAAAAGAAGUUUGUUGACCGUGCAAAAAGGAUUGAUACAAUAUCCCGUGCUGCAUUCCCACUCGCCUUCCUCAUUUUCAACAUCUUUUACUGGAUUACAUACAAAAUUAUACGGCACGAGGACAUUCACAAGAAAUAAGCAACUCUGGUUUGCCAGGACUUCUCAGCCAAAGUGAUCCACAUGUAAAUAAACAGUGAAAUGUCUUUCUGUCAUUUGGACUAAGGAUUUCUUUCCCACUCCCCCAGAACACUGGAGAAAAAAAUAGCAAAGAGGAAAAGAAGUAUAGAAGGAAAAGUGAUUGCAUGACAAAAUAUGCUGUGACACCAGUCAAUGAGGUUCCCCCUAUGUGCUUUCAGUGUGUUCUUCCAGAUUCAGCAUUGACCAGACAUCUGUAAUUGGGGCCAAAUUUUACCCAGCUUUAUCAUGAAGAUAUUAUAUUUCAGAACAAAAGAGAAUCAGAAAACAAACAAUUCUCCUAAAACAUCUACCAAGAGACUGUGGUGGCUACAGUACAGUGAGUUAUAAGAGGACCAAACUUUUUCAGGAUAAUGUUGCCUUUCUAUUUGAAACAAGUCUACUGAGCUACAUUCCAUGACCAUGUCUGUAGGUAGUGGUUUCACCAAGGAGUCCUUUUGUGGGUUGUAAAUUAUUUCUACUGAGAGGGGAGAGGAGAAAAAAAACAAACAAACAAAAAAAAGAUUUAUACUUUACUAUCCUUGUGGGUGUGCAUUUUAAUAUUAUCUUGCUUUACUAGAAUUGUAAUUUCCAAGUUGAACUUGUGUGUCGUGUGAUUUAUUUGAUAGUUGACACUCCAAAACCAGUGAAACUGCCUGGUUUAUUUUUGUUGGGAGACAGUGCACUUACUUUAUUUUAUUUCUGCUGAUUUUACAUGCAACUUGAGGUGCCAAACUGUAUUUUACCUGUUGUGCUACCCUGUACCACACUACUUAGUAAGAACUUGUUUCCUCAAAGGUGUAGCUCAGUUUAGCAUUGAGUUUCUAUUACCGUUCUCAUUGUAGCUGCAGUCAAUAGCUCUAUAGGUAAACACAACUUGUUUACAGACCUCUAAUUUAUAUCUUUACUCAAAGUGGCUAUCAUUUUAAAUAUCAUUAAUUAACCUAAGAAUUUUAAAACUGUACUGUGAUUUUCAGAACCUGUUACCUUUUGGUGCCGGAUCUGCAUUAUUGAAAUCCUUGCUACGUGUUUUAAAGUAAAAAAUUAAAAAAAAAAAGGAAAAAAAAAAAGAAAAAAAAAAAGAUGGUAUUUUUGCUUACACGGAAGAAGACAACCUGUAACAUAAGAUGAGUCAAACAUUAAAAUUUUACACUUGCUGUAAAAGGGUUUAUUAAAAAAAGGUAUUUGUUCAAUUUCAAUAAAGCUAAAUGUGGUACUAAC